GUAAAAGCGCAUUUCAAAAUCAUCACACAUGAGGGCAUUUCUUUGAGAAGUUUAUUAGAUCCAGUGGAAAGGAAUUAUGACAAUACGAGCAUUAAUAAUUUCAAAUUUCCUGGCAUUUUGUGUCAUAGCAAAUCCAAGAAAAAAUGAGCUUAACAACUCCAAGAAAAGCGUGGAACCGACCGUGUUUUGGCCCAUACUCAGAUCCCGACACAACAUCACCGACCCCCAGUACAGUGUGGCUUUCCUUCACUCUGUCACUAUGGUAACGAACCCGCCAACUUCUCUCCCAUAUCCAAUACACUUUUUGAAGUUCUCGGGUACUUCCGACUCUUUUGCUGAGGCUCCUUGGGAUGUGAACAGUUUUUCGACCAACACUUCAAUGGCAAUCCUGUUAUAUCUAUAUUUCGAAGAACCAAUGCAAAAUGCAACUUUAAUCCAGUUUGAAGGUAACAGUGGCGGAUUUGAACUGAUGUUGGAAAGCGGCAUUUUGAAAGCUCGGUUUCACUCCCUUGAUGGAACAAAAUUCGAACACAGUGCCCCAGAAUUCGACCUUAAAGCCCACGAGUGGCAUUUUGUUGGCGCCGAGUACAACCACCUAUGGGAUCCCGACGACCAGUUUGAUUUGCUGUACGUCAGCGAGUCUGCAUUCAAUGCGACAGCCCAUGUCUCCACGCUUCGUAAUGUCGGUAACAUUCCAGAUAUCGAUAUCAGUGGAUGUCUGCGCAUUGGGAAAAACUUUAACGGAGAAAUGGCAUUUCAUGGGUAUAUGUCAUGCCUUCAGUUUUAUGAAGUCUCGGUUUACCACCCGAAGGACAUUCUCAAGGACCCGUUUGUAAAAUGUGACCCCAACCUAUGGACGAUGGACUGGGAUACAACAGCAGAUUUUAUUCCAGAAGCAUCUCCUUUUUGCGUGUCAGAUGUUACAACUACACAGCAAAUGACGCCAACUGAGCAUUUCUCAGCAUCGACAACAGAGUACGGAUCAGCAAUUCGGCAGUUCACUACACAACCUGUAACAACAUUCGAACAAUCAACCAUAUUGGACAUGUCAACGAUACGGACUGGGACAACUGACAAACAAUCAACGACGCAGUCUGGAUCAACAGUCAAGCAGUCCACGACAAAGCCCGAGUCGACAGUCGAGCAACUGUCGACAAAACAAGAGUCGACAGUCGAUCAUCUGUCGACAAAGCAUGGAUCAACGGGUUAUCAAGAAACUACGACACUGUCUGGAUCGACAGACGAGGUAUUAACGACAAAGCCGGGGUCCGCAGGUGUACAAUUGACGACAGAUCCAUUAGUUCCGGGGUCCACAGUCGAGCAACACAGCACUAGACAUGGAUCGACGGUAGAGCAAUUUACGACGAAGACUGGGUCAUCUGUCAAGCAACCAUACACAUAUUCUGAAUCGACAGUUCAACAAUUCACUACAGAUUCGGGGUCGACGGUCGAUCAACAAACGACAAAGCACGAAAUGACGGUAGAUCAAAUUACGACAGGGUAUGGGUCACCUGCCAAACAUCCAACAACCUUGUCUGGAUCGAAAUUCGAACUAACAAAUGCAAAGUCGACACUCGAGAAUCUCACAUCGCAUUCUGGGUCGACAGUCGAACAAUUCACAACACAAUCUGGGAUGAAAUUCGGGUCAGGAUCGGGAUCGACAAUUCCGCCAUCAAAUAUUUCCUCCACAGCAGCAAAACCAACCCUUUGGUCCUUUGAGUCCCCUUUAGAACGCUGCGUUCGAUUUGAAAAACUGUCGAGCAAUCGAGCAAUCAGGGUUGCAGAUUUAGGUGUGUACACUUUCACAACGAUGUCGGAAUGUGUACAUCAAUGUCUUACAAAUGACAUGUGUUUGGCUAUUUCCGUUGAAUACGUUGGUGGUUCUGUUCUCUGCUCAACCAGUUCCGAUUAUUCCAGCACAGCGCUCGCUCCUGGACACGAAACUUAUUACCGAUUUUAUAUAUAAAAUCUAGUUUUGCAGUAUAUUGAUAAGACUAUAUAUGAAGGUUAAUUACCAUCUUUUCUGAAAAAUAUUAGGAUAUAUACAUGUACGUAAAAUAAAUCAAUAAUUUUAUUUUGGUAUAUAACGUGUUGUUGAGUUGUGACGUCGUACAAUAUGAUGCCAUCCUUUUCUGUGACUUUCUGGCACUCAUUCAAAACCCCACUUACUAGUAUGUUGGAAAUAUUUUAUUUAUGAUAUAGAAAGAAUAUGGAAUUGUUGUAAACGCAUGAAAAAUGUUAAUCCGAAAGAAAUCAAGAAUAAUAUUUAUUUUGAAUAAAUUGGUAUGCAAAGACGAUUUAAACAAACUUAGUACAGCUAAGAGGUUCAAGGGGCAAUGCACUGUACCUAUCAUUAAA